UUUCAACGGCCGACCGGAGCCGACGUCUCAGAGGGUCUCUCUCUGUUGCGCUCUUUCCCCAAUUUAGAGACAUCUCAGAGAACUCUUCCAUCUGCCAUUGAAUUACCAUUUUGUGUUCUUUUUAGCAUUUUAUUUGUUUAUUUUUUGGAUAAUUUACACUUCGUUGUUUCGAUUGAAUGUUGUCGUAGAAGGACCUCGUUUCUAGGGUUUCUUCUUCUUGUUCUGUUCUGUAAUUCAAAUGGCCGCUCGAACCCGGGCUGAUUACGAUUUCCUCAUAAAGCUCCUCUUGAUCGGCGAUAGCGGUGUGGGUAAAAGUUGCCUCCUCUUGCGCUUUUCAGAUGGAUCCUUCACCACUAGCUUCAUCACAACCAUAGGCAUUGAUUUUAAAAUAAGGACCAUCGAUCUUGAUGGCAAACGGAUCAAACUGCAAAUCUGGGAUACUGCUGGUCAGGAGCGCUUCCGAACAAUUACAACUGCUUACUACCGUGGUGCCAUGGGCAUUUUGCUGGUGUAUGAUGUAACUGACGAGUCUUCUUUCAACAGUAAUUACUUUAUCCAGUCUUACAAUUCAGGGAAUUGGAUUCGUAACAUUGAACAGCAUGCUUCUGACAAUGUCAACAAGAUACUGGUUGGCAACAAGGCUGACAUGGAUGAAAGCAAAAGGGCUGUUCCUACAUCAAAGGGCCAAGCACUCGCUGAUGAAUAUGGCAUCAAAUUCUUUGAGACUAGUGCAAAAACAAAUUUGAAUGUGGAGGAGGUGUUCUUCUCAAUAGCUAGAGAUAUAAAGCAAAGACUUGCAGAGACAGAGUCCAGAGUUGAGCCUCAAGCCAUCAGGAUUAACCAAUCAGACCAGGCCGGUGGAGCUGCCGAGGCUGCACAAAAAUCAGCUUGCUGUGGCUCUUAAAUUUGGCUGUUUGUAUCAAACAUGUCAUAUGGGUACGCCUAAGCUUACCCUUUUGGCACAGAAGACUGAUCUCAUCUAGGUGUUAUGCUGUUUCUUGUAUGGUUCUUGCUAUUAUUAUUGUUUCCUCUUCCUCCUCCUGCUGCUGCUGCUGCUCAUUUUGUGUUUUUGAAUGGAAAUCGCAUUUGAGAAAUGAUAAGUAAUUAGUACUUACCAAACCAAAAACAAAGUAAUUAGUACUCCAUUUCUUAUUUGACAUAGGAAGAAGAUUUGCUAUUGCCAGACUCUCUUGUUCUAAUUCUAAAUAUUUGGGUGGAAUGGAAAUGUUUCGCAGCAGCAUUUUCGUUUGAA